AGGAAGGACCGCUCAGCGCAACUUUUCUGAUAAGAAUCUGAUGUAUCAGUCUUUUCAGAGUCAACCGACUCUAGUCAUCUUAUUACUGGCUGACACGCGUAACCAGCCUCAGGCCUUUACCACAAGCAACUUUGUAAGUGAAUCAUCUCAUCUCACCAUGAAACCAAACGACUCUCAAUCUCCGCUGCCUGUACAGGAGAGUAAUACAAGCCUUUUAGUGGAGGACAGAGCAGAAGAAGCCAUCCAGACAAUAUUCUGUGACGCUAAUGAUGAGAGGAUCUGGUCUGAAAAUCAGGAAGGCUUGUUGCAGACAUCAUCUGAGCAACCUGAAAUGCCACAAGAGAAAGAGUCCUUUGAAUGUGAGCAGUGUGGAAAGGUCUUUCCAAAGAUGCAUGGUCUUGCACACCACAAGCAUGUACAUUCAAGCAUAAAGCGACAUAGUUGUGAAAAGUGCGGGAAGAAGUUCAAACAGUUUAGAGCGCUAGAGACUCAUCUCCGUACACAUAUGCCGAAGAAUGAGAAGAAGAAAUUCCCCUGCAGCACCUGUGGGAAAAGCUUUAAACAUCUUUCAUUACAUCAACUGGUUCAUGCUGAAGUCAGGCCUUUUACUUGUGAUAUAUGUGGACAAGGAUUUACAGUCAAAGGAAAUUUAAAUAAGCACCAAAGGGUGCAUACGGGCGAAAAGCCAUAUGAAUGUGAGACGUGUGGAAAAUGUUUCGCCGAAAUGGGGACCCUAAACAUGCACAAGAAAUUUCAUUCAAGUGACAGGCCAAUAAAAUGCAGCUACUGCAAUAAGAGUUUCAAGAACCGCAAUCAUUUGCAACGGCACCUUCCGGUGCACACAGGUGAGAGGCGACACGCGUGUCAAUUCUGUGGAAAAAAAUUUGCACAACAUGAGGCUAUGAGACGCCACAUACUCAUUCACACCGGUGAAAAGCCAUACAUCUGUGAGGUGUGUGGUGUUCGAUUCAGACAGAGAAGCAAUUUGAAAAUUCAUUUGCGGAUGCAUGGAAAUGCGCAGUUUACGUGUGAAGUGUGUGGAAAAACUUUCCAGCAUGAUUUUUUGCUACAGGAUCACAUUCUAACACACAAUCAGAUUGGAAAUUCAUCCGAUAAGAAAGUUGCUUAUGGCUGUGAUGUGUGUGGAAAGUUUUUGAGCUCUGCCUAUGGGUUGAAAAUUCAUCUGCAACUUCAUUCAUAUAACUGCAAACCUUUUCCUUGCAAGUUAUGCGAGAGGAGGUACAACAGCGCAUAUAGCCUUCGGAUACAUGAGCAGCUUCAUACAGGAGAGAAACCUUUCAAAUGUGAGAUAUGUGGAAAGGGCUUUGUACGCAAAGGGUCCUAUAAAACCCAUGUGUUUAGCCAUUCUGGAGAAAGACCUCACAAAUGCAUAGUGUGUGGGAAAACGUUUAAAUGGUCCACCUCUCUGAAAAUCCAUAAACUUAUUCAUACUGAUAAAAAACCUCACAAGUGUGAGACAUGUGGAAAGUCCUUUCAGUUAUCUGGAAACUUAAAGCGACACAUGUGUGUUCACUCUGCGGAGGAGCCAUUCAGCUGCGAGGUCUGUGGGGAAAGGUUUGUAAAACUCAAUAAUAUGAAGGAACAUAUGCAAAUCCACACUGGGGUGAAGCCCUACACUUGUCAGACUUGUGGGAAGACAUAUGCAUAUCUUCGACACUACAAUGAUCACAAAUGUAAACCUGCAUGAAAAGAACAAUUUGACUCAUGGUAGGAACUUGAAUUGUAGAACCCCUUUCAUAUUUUUGUUUUAUCUUAACAUUUCUAGUUAGACCUAAAGCUUUAAACAAUGAAAUCGAUGUGGCCAAAAUCCUAUGAGUAAUUUGUAUUGUAAUGAAUGAUCUGUUAAAAAGAGCUACACUCACUGAGCACUUUAUUGUGAACACCUGUACACCUACUUAUUCAUGCGAUUAUCUAAUCAGCCAAUCAUGUUGCAGCAGUGCAUAAGGUCAGGAGCUUCAGUUAAUGUUCACAUCAACCAUCAGGCGAAAAUCUAAUUUUGAUCUCAUUUGAUCUCCGUGAUUUCGACGUGGCAUGAUUUUUGGUGCCAGAUGGGCUGAUUUGAGUAUUUCUGUAAUAUAGUAGUAUAUGCUGUCUCUAGAGUUUACUCAAAAUGGUGCCAAAAACAAAAAACAGUUCUGCAGAUGGAAACACCUUGUUGAUAUGAGAGGUCAACAGAAUGGUCAGACUAAUUCGAGCUGACUACAUUAAGAAAGUCUACGGUAACUCAGAUAACCACUCUGUACAAUUGUAGUUAGCAGAAUAGGAUCUCAGAAUGCACAACAUUUCAAAACUUGGGGCCUAUUUGUCUUCCUUAUAAAGUGAUCAGUGUGUGUAUAUUGUGUUACCGCUAUUAUCUGUCAUAAGCACUUCUUCUAAUUAGGAAUGCUGUCUGAGGGAAUAAAACCUUCAUGGCACUUAUUAAUGAUCUUUCGUAUGCAGUCUGUAAGACUAAAUGUAAUCAUAAGUCAGACUGGACCCUGCAUCCUUUGAUAGC